AUGGUGAAAGUAGCGGUUGUGAUUAGUUUUAAUCCUUCAUACAAUUUCUGGUUUAACUUGAUUGAUAUCAGCCAAUUACACUUUCUCAGGCACUUCUCAAACAAGAAUAUAAAGAGGGCUACAGCUGGUUUCAGAAUCGUUGCUAACCUUUCUAGUGGUCCAGUUUAUAGAGCGAAAUUUCAAGAUGGCCUCAUGGCCAUGGUAAAAGAAGUGAAAACUUUUCCUCAAGGAAAGGCUGCCUUUUAUAAGGAGGUGCAACUCUUGGGGCACUUGCAUCAUUGCCACCUUGUUGGACUCAGAGGGUUUUCCACAGGACGUGAGAGAUUUCUCGUGUUCGAAUACACCGAAAGGGGUAGCCUGAAGGAACAUCUUACUGACCCUCUUAAGACUCCCUUGACCUGGAAGACGAGGCUGCUGAUAGUCACUGGAGUUGCAGCUGCAUUGGAAUACUUGUAUUUCUUCUGUAACCCACCUAUCUAUCAUGUGUCCAUCAAUUCAAGUAAUGUUUUGCUGGACGAGAAUUUCAAUGCGAAGCUCUCUGAUGUUGGCCUUCUUGGCUCUCGUGGAAAUCACAUUGGCAAGUCUCAUCUGUUAUGUUCCAGAGAGUGCAUGGAUCAGGAAUGCAGAAACAUAAUCUUCCAGCUUGGAGUGCUAAUUCUUGAGCUAAUAACUGGUCAACCUUCAGAGGAGGAUGGUACUGACUUAUUAGUCCAGUGGGUCCAGGAUUCUAACUUUCUCAGAUCCAUGCAUAAGAUUGUAGACCCAGCCCUUGGAAAUACUUAUGAUUCUAUAGAGCUUAGAACUCUUCUAAUUGUAGCAAGAUUGUGUACCAAAACUGAUGGCAACCCAAAAUUUUCCAUGCAACAGAUACUUUGGUAUCUCCAAAGAAAGGCCGACUAGACAAUGGGACGACCUCUGCAAGAGGAGUCGACAGCGGAGUUGGGAGUGGAGAAUUUCGACAUACAGGACAGGUGGGGUGCAGCCGUAACCAUGGGUCAACACACUUUACAUGGAAGAGGUGCUCA